AUGAACUACCUGAGGCCAGAACGAGAGCAUCGGAAAGAACUCCUGGCAACAGUGUCGAGCGUGGAAAGCACGGAGAACGGUACCUGUUCCCAUGAGUCGGACGGAAAAAGCUCAAACGCGCAGGGCACUGGGCGAGGCCCCAGGAAGGUCUGCCCAGCCGUGGGGAGCAGUGCCCAGGCCGCUGCUCCGGGCCCAGCUAACGCAUCGUCAAGGCAGGAGCAGAGGGAUGGAGCUGCUGCCUUGAAGCUGACGGUUUCCCAGACCAUUGGCAGGAAAACAAAACACCGGCCUCUCAACAAGGUGAAGGUCACAGACAGGACCCACCUGCGCAAACCCCGCACGCCCCUGGAGACCUUCAGGAAAGUGGGGGUCCCCAUCCUCGCAGCACUGCUGAGCCUGGUGAUCAUUGUCAUCAUGGCUGUGCUCAUCAAGGUCGUCCUGGACAAGUACUACUUCCUCUGUGGGCCGCCCCUCCGCUUCAUCCCCAGGCAGCAGGUGUGCGACGGCCAGCAGGACUGCGCCUCGGGAGACGACGAGCGAUUCUGCGUGGAGAACUUUCCCGAGGGGCCCCCAGUGCCAGUCCGCCUCUCCAGCGACAGGUCUACCCUGCAGCUGCUGGACCCGGCCACGGGGACCUGGGCCUCUGCCUGCUUUGACGGCUUCACAGGAGCCCUGGCCCAGACCGCCUGUGGGCUGAUGGGCUUUCACAGCCGUCCCAGCUUUCAAAGCCUCGCCCGCGGGCCCUCCCCGCAGAUACUGGACGUAGUUGUCCUCACAGCGGCCAGCCAGGAGCUCCAGGUGCAGCAGCCCCGCGGGCCCUGCCUCUCGGGCUCCCUGGUCUCCCUGCGCUGCCUGGGUGAUGCGCUGAAGGCACCCAGCGUGGUGGGCGGGCAGCAGGCCUCCGUGGAGUCCUGGCCGUGGCAGGUCAGCAUCCAGUACCACCAGCAGCACGUCUGCGGCGGGAGCAUCCUGGACCCGCACUGGGUCCUCACGGCGGCCCACUGCUUCAGGAAACAUCUCGAUGUGCCCGGCUGGAAGGUGAGGGUCGGCUCAGACAGACUCGGCAGCUUCCCAGCCCUGCCCGUGGCCAAGAUCUUCGUCACCGAGCACAACGCCACGUCCCCCAAAGAGAAGGAUAUCGCUCUGGUGAGGCUGCAGGACCCACUCACGCUCUCCGGCCUCGUCUGGCCCAUCUGCCUGCCCUUCUCCGAUGAGGAGCUCCCUCCGGCAGCCCCGGUGUGGGUCAUCGGAUGGGGCUUCACAGAACCGGGUGCAGGGAAGAUGUCUGACCAGCUGCUGCAGGCAUCGGUCCAGGUCAUCGACAGGGCGCGGUGCAACGCCAAGGACGCGUACCAGGGGGAGGUCACCGCGGAGAUGCUGUGCGCGGGCGUCCUGCAGGGCGGCGUGGACACCUGCCAGGGAGACAGCGGAGGACCCCUGAUGCAUCACUCCAGCCAGUGGCACGUCGUGGGCAUCGUGAGCUGGGGCCACGGCUGUGGGGGCCCGAGCACCCCCGGAGUGUACACCAAGGUCGCGGCCUAUCUCAACUGGAUCCACCGUGUCCGCCAGUCUGAGCCCUGAUGCCGCGGCCCCUCUGCAGGCCUGGGGCCCCCGGACAUCAGGCACCGCACCGGGCAAGCGCCCCUUGGCACGCCCCUCUGCCCACAGCCUCAGCUUGUCCCAGUGCAGCUAAGGGCCUCCAUCCCUGUAAGCGACCCUGUGGCCCACAAGAGCUCAAGAGGAGGGCAGCAGCCUGCUCAGCAGCCACCCCUGGUGCUCCCAGCACCCCCAGGAGAGACCCCGCCCCCAGGCAGUCUCAGGCAUUGCCAAGCCAGGAAGGAGCACCCCCACUCCGCAGGCUCUGGGGAGAGCCCAGGUCACUGCGAGCUGGAGUGGAGGGAGGAGAGGGUCUGAGCGAGCCUCGCCCUCUCCACGCCUCCCAUGUCUCCCGGGCAAAAACCAGCUGUGGUGGAAAGUGCAGUCCCGCGGGGCCCAGCUGCUGUGCCCGCUGCUGCUGUCACUGCUCCCGCGUGGCUGCUUUUAUUAAACAGGAAUGUGAGGUCUGA